AUGAGUACUGAUAAGAAACUUAAAAAAUUGAAUUAUUUUGAAUGUUUUUUAUUGAGAGCAGUUCAUUAUUUAACAAAGCAUGAUGAUUUAAAAAAAACAAAAAAUUUUAUAGUUGUAAAUGUUUUUAUAGAUUUAUUAAAUAGAUUCAUUGAGUUUUAUAAAUAUCUGAAUAAACUGGAAGAGGUAUUUAAAUUGAUAAAAGACAAUAAUGAAGAUAUUUUACCUGGAAAGUUAGAUGAGAUAGUUUCAAUAAUUAUUCAAAAAUUUUUAUUGCAAUUUAAGUUAUUUGAAGAAAAAGAAUUAAUUUUUGACGAGAUUUGUAAUUGUUUAACUCAGAAUAAUAUAAAACUAACUUAUUUUAUGAUGGGUGUUGAUUGUGAUAAAACAAAUUACACGUAUAUGUUAAAAAAAUUUAAAGAUAUUCCUGUUUUUAAUAGCUAUUCAGAAUAUAAAUAUAUACUUAAAGAAGCAAGUAUACUUUAUGUUUUUUAUAUUAAUUCCUUGUAUGUAUUUGGUCAGAAUGAUUAUGAUUAUUUAUCAGCUACAAAAAAAUUAAUAUUAAUUAACUUUGUUAAAUUAAUAAAUAAUCUACGAUGA